AAAAUCAAAACCCAUUGAAGUCAAUCCUCGUGCGUUUCCUUUUUCACCAUCUCUAUUGCGCGGCCUCUCUCCUCUCGCUUCUGCUUCGAUUCUAGAGUCUUCUGCUCCUCAGAUCCUCCGGCCAUGGCGUCCGAUCUCGAAAUCAAAGCGAAGGAAGCGUUCAUCGACGACCACUUCGAGCUCGCCGUCGACCUCUACACUCAGGCGAUCUCCCUCAGCCCUAAUAACGCCGAGCUCUUCGCCGACCGCGCUCAGGCCAACCUCAAGCUCUGCAACUUCACCGAGGCUGUUGCGGAUGCAAAUAGAGCAAUCGAGUUAGAUCCAUCAAUGUCCAAAGCAUACUUUCGCAAGGGCAAUGCUUGUUAUGAGCUUGAAGAGUAUCAGACUGCCAAAGCAGCAUUUGAAUUAGGUUCUUCUCUGGCUCCUGGGGAUGCGAGAUUCACCAAUUUAAUCAAAAAGUGUGACGAGGGUAUUGCAGAGGAAUCUGGUGAUUUACUUGACCAGCCACUUGAAAAGGCCUCAACCCAGGUGGUACCUGCUGAAGGUGAUCAAGAAAGUGAUCAGAUUGUGAAUGAAGUUCCCAACCAGGCGACUUCACAGUUGAUUGUCAAACCGAAAUACAGGCAUGAAUUCUACCAGAAGCCUGAGGAAGUGGUUAUAACUAUAUUUGCAAAGGGCAUACCAGCUCAAACUGUCGCAGUUGAUUUUGGCGAACAAAUUCUUAGCGUUAUCAUUGAUGUCCCUGGUGAGGAUGCAUAUCAUUUUCAACCCCGCCUAUUCGGAAAGAUUGCACCGGAGAAAUGCAGAUAUGAAGUCUUGCCAAGCAAAAUCGAAGUCCGCCUUGCUAAAGCUGAGCCAUUAAACUGGAUUUCUCUUGAAUUUAGCAAGGACAGCACAGUUCCUCAAAAACUUACUGUAGUUUCAGGUACACACGGUUACUCAACUCAUUCUGAAGGCACUGGAUCUCAGAGGCCCUCGUAUCCAUCAUCAAAACCAAAAAGGGUAGACUGGGAUAAGCUCGAAGCUCAAGUAAAGAAGGAGGAGAAAGAAGAAAAGUUGGAUGGGGAUGCAGCUUUGAACAGAUUUUUCCAAGAUAUCUACAAGGAUGCCGAUGAAGACACAAGGAGAGCAAUGAGAAAAUCAUUUGUGGAGUCAAAUGGAACAGUCCUGUCCACAAACUGGAAAGAAGUGGGAUCGAAGAAGGUAGAGGGAAGUCCUCCUGAAGGUAUGGAGGUGAAGAAAUGGGAGUAUUAGGCUCGUGAUCCUUUCUAACUCUGCGAGAGAGGUCUUGCCUGUCUACAUUUUCGUUCCUUCUGUCCUAGUUUCAUGAAUCGUGCCUUAUGGAUUGCGUCUGAAUCCUGUAGAAAUACCUUCCCAUAGAAAUACCCUAGUUGUUGGUAAUCCAUGUACUAUUAUUUAUGAAGUUGCUGGUUGUGAAUUUCAAAUUGAGAAGCAAUAGAGCUCUGGCUUCUGGUCUUGCUCUUUACCCUUUUGUGUCUGCUGUUGUUUGCGCGCACUGACUGACAUAACAAUGCUGCCGCACAUUGUGAUGGUGUCCAAGUUCUUAAAAGAUCUACAGAAAAUUUUUGCAGAAAUUUAAUGAAGUUGGUGAUAUAUGUAAUUUUCUUGUUCUUUCUAAUUUUUGCGAAUCCAAUGACAGUUCAUGGUUUUAUUUGUGU